AUGGAAGAUACCAAUCCCACUCUGAAAGUGCGUCGUCCGCUGAUGACGCUGAGUCUCCUGGACGUCUCGGCGGACCAAUUUGAGUUCCCUCCGCUGCAACCCGUCAGUCAGAAUUUGUCGCCUGAACAGUCGACAUCAGACGACCCGAUCAUUCGGGAGGGCUCUCCCAUUGACUUUGAAGUUUGCGACAGCACCUUUGUCCCCCCCAAGACCCGAGUUCUCUUGGAGCCGGCUCAGAGUUCUGCCUCCAUGAAAGACAAUCUAACUCCGCCGCGGAAGAGGUCCAUGACUAAAAGGCACAACCUGACUCUGCAGCAAACACCUGGGAAGCCCACAUGGAUGAACUGGUUGCAAUGGGCGAUGAACGACUCGAGUAUCUUUGCAGACCAGGAAGAGGAGUUCCAGGCGGCCUUGAUCGGAUCAAACACGUUCUUUCAAGGCGUGAGAGACAACUCAUUCUUCCAGUGGGGCCUGCGAUAUGUCCCCGAUCCCAGUCACGACAAUGUGUACCGGACUGUGGUCAUCAAUGAGCUGCCCUCCGCGGCCACGCUCAGUCAGAUCCUGCCUCGCAUUCGAGGGGGUCCAAUCUAUUCCGCAUCCCUGUUGAAUACUUGGGCCAUCACUGGGUGCCCGACCGCCAUGGUGACCUUCGUCCACCAGAAGGGAGCGAUGAAUUUCCUCCGCCGGGUGGCGCAGGAGGGGUUCUAUAUCGGCUUCACCGCGGUGGAGGUACGCCCCGUCCCAACUCCGACGUACCUGAUGAGCACGGCUACGGAAACGGAGGUUACCAAGAUCGGCCGUACUCGAUGCCUGGUUGUCUGUUCGCGUCGUCAAAAGCACCUGAAGAAGGACAUUUAUGAGGUGCUGAAGGAGUCAAGGUGCCGCGACUAUGUUGAAUGUUUUGGGGAGCGGGACCUUGCGGACGAGGUCACCAUUCGGUUUCAUUCCAUUAAAAUGGCGGCCGUGGCGUGUGGCAUCCUGGUCAAUCACGAGAAGCUCAAGGGUGUCUGGGUGAAAACGGCUCCCGACCCAUGCUCCCUUGUUUGA